AUGGGCACGCUGGCAGAGGUAAAGGACGUAGCUCUUGGUGGCAAUGAGCUUGUGACGCAAGACGGCCUUCCGACUGGCGUACCCAGAUCGCAGCAGAAAAUUGUGAAGUGGGAACAUCAACCUGGUCACAAGCCCUUUACGAGCUACAAGCUUCCCAAAUGGGUGAAGCAUCCCGAUGCCCAAAAAGCCGCAAUGUUCUUGCAGCCGGAGGACUACAUGGGCUCCAAGAGAAGACACAACAUUCAUUCCUGGAAUGUGGCCCACAUCGGUGCGCAAUGCGCGAUGUUUGAGGGCCAGGGAUUCAAGAUGCUCGCGAAGGCCACGAGCGAGGAGAUCAAUGCACCGGACACCUUGGAGGGGUUUACGCCACUUCACUGGGCCGUGUUGUCGGACAACCCCAAGGCUGUGAUUUGGCUGCUGAAGAACGGAGCAGACAAGGACGCCAAAGAUGCGCAGGGAAGGACUGCUGAAGAUCUGAUCGAGGAUUUUUGGGGUGACUUUCACCAACGGUAUUGGGGAAACUUUCCCAAGCAAGAUGGCCUUCCACAGGUUGACAAGGUGUUUCCGAAGAGGAUAAAGCAAAUGAAGGAUGCGUUCAAGCUGACCUUUGCAGCCACCGACUCGGACAUUGAUGGGUACAAGAAUAUUGAAGUCUAA